GACAACCUUUGGAAAUCUCGAAGGGUCCUUAUCAUCGCAUUGCCCUAACACCCCUUCGAUGUUUCCUAAGUUCUUAUUAAGCUAAGCCCUCUCUCUCUCUUGCCAAACCCGUCUUCUCUUUCUGUCUCCUUCCCUCAAAUUCGUCUCCUUUUUGAUCCAUCUGUGUCCGGGAUCACGUUAAAGAUGGCGUCUUUUACCUCCUCCGCGAGCUGCCGAUCUUAUCGCUCCGGCAAUUCGUCUUCGUUCUUGUCGAAUUGUUCUUCGCCGAUCAGACAACGUCAGUGCUUGUCGUUCUCUUCUUCUUUCGGUCAAGGGUUGCCUCUGGAUGACCUCUGUGCUGGGUUUCGGAGGAAGUCCGGUCGGAGUGCUGUCGUCAUGCAAGAUGGUGCAGUGGUGACGAAAACAAGCCCGGCAGAAGCUAAAACUGUUCUCAAGGGAUUGAAAGAUGGGUUAUUAUCAAUUCCAUCUGAAGAAUCAGUCAGGGUUCCAGCUGAUUCUGAUGAUAAAAAUCAAUCAACUGUUAGUAUAACAGUCGUUGGAGCCUCUGGUGAUCUUGCCAAGAAGAAGAUAUUCCCGGCCCUUUUCGCCCUUUAUUAUGAAGAUUGCCUUCCCGAGCAUUUUACGAUAUAUGGUUAUGCUAGGAGCAAGAUGACUGAUGCAGAGCUUAGAAGCAUGGUCGGCAGAACCCUGACCUGCAGGAUUGAUAAGAGGGAAAACUGCGACGAAAAGAUGGAAGAGUUUCUCAAGAGAUGUUUUUACCAUUCGGGUCAAUAUGAUUCUCGGGAGCAUUUCGUAGAAUUGGACAAGAAGCUCAAAGAACAUGAGGGCGGAAGAGUUUCAAAUCGUCUCUUUUAUCUAUCAAUCCCUCCAAAUAUAUUUGUAGAUGCGGUCAAAUGUGCAAGUUCUUCUGCUUCGUCUGUCAAUGGCUGGACUAGGGUCAUUGUCGAGAAACCCUUUGGUAGAGAUUCCGAAACCUCGGCUGCUUUGACAAAAUCCCUUAAGCAGUACCUGAAGGAAGACCAAAUUUUUAGGAUAGACCAUUACUUAGGGAAGGAACUAGUUGAGAACUUAUCAGUUCUCCGGUUCUCAAACCUUAUAUUCGAACCACUAUGGUCAAGGCAGUACAUAAGGAAUGUACAAUUGAUAUUCUCCGAGGAUUUUGGCACUGAAGGGCGUGGAGGGUACUUUGACCAUUAUGGGAUCAUAAGAGAUAUAAUGCAGAAUCAUCUGCUUCAGAUAUUAGCUCUCUUUGCCAUGGAAACACCUGUUAGCUUGGAUGCAGAGGAUAUAAGGAACGAAAAGGUUAAGGUUCUGCGUUCUAUGAGGCAGAUAGGGCUUGAAGAUGUUGUGACAGGACAAUACAAGAGCCACACAAAGGGAGGAGUUACCUAUCCAGGCUAUACUGACGAUAAAACCGUGCCAAAUGACAGUCUUACCCCUACAUUUGCAGCCGCUGCUCUCUUCAUUGACAAUGCUAGAUGGGACGGCGUUCCUUUCCUUAUGAAAGCCGGUAAAGCACUGCACACAAAGAGGGCGGAGAUAAGAGUGCAGUUUAGGCAUGUGCCCGGAAAUUUAUAUAACCGGAACUUCGGUACUGAUCUUGAUCGAGCUACAAAUGAACUUGUUAUCCGUGUCCAGCCAGACGAAGCCAUCUAUCUGAAAAUCAACAACAAGGUCCCUGGGCUGGGAAUGAGAUUAGAUCGCAGUAACUUGAAUCUUCUCUAUUCUGCAAGGUAUUCCAAGGAGAUCCCGGAUGCAUAUGAGAGGCUUCUACUGGACGCCAUUGAAGGAGAACGAAGGUUGUUCAUCAGAAGCGACGAGCUCGAUGCCGCUUGGGCACUGUUCAGUCCAGUACUCAAAGAGCUGGAAGAGAAGAAAACCAUCCCCGAGUACUAUCCUUACGGUAGCCGUGGGCCUGUCGGCGCCCAUUAUCUUGCCGCAAGGUACAAUGUCCGGUGGGGAGACGUCAGUCCGGACCAGUAGUAAAACCCCGAGCUCUCUGUUCAUAUAGCUUUUAUGCGUUUCCUGAGAAUCUCUCGUUGAAUCCGUGUUUGGUUACUGCUGUUGGUGAAAAAAGGAUGAAACUUUCUUGAUGGGUUUUCUCUUCUUUUGUAUGUUUUCAUAAGUAUUUGACAUUUCAUUCUUCUCCAUGAAUAAGAAAAACGAGGCUGUUUCAAUCUUC